AUGAGGGAGCUAGAUCCCCUCAUCUCGGAGUAUCGUCAUGAAAAGACGCGGCCGCGGGAGUCAGAGGCGCUCUUGAUCUUGCGCAAAGUCGCCUCCCUGGUUAAACCGAUCAUGCGACAGCGUGCCUGGCGAGUGGGUGCGCUAUGUGAGUUCUAUCCCCAGCAGCGAAAUCUGCUAGGACUGAACGUCAACAUGGGCCAGAAGAUUUGCCUGAGAUUACGGUAUCCUUCUGAUCAACGACAAUUUCUACCUAUUGAAGAGGUUGUGGAUACUAUGCUGCAUGAACUUGCUCAUAAUGUGAUCGGUCCUCAUAAUCAGCAAUUCCAUGCAUUAUGGAACCAACUUCGUGAUGAGCACGAAGAGCUCGCCAUGAAAGGAUAUACCGGAGAGGGCUUCUUAUCACAGGGAAAGCGUCUGGGCGGCCAAAGAAUCCCACUAGAUGAAGCCCGACGUCAAGCUCGUGCCGCUGCUGAGCAGCGUAGGAUUCUGUCCAAGAAUUCCGGCAAAAAGCUCGGCGGCGCACCCGUGCUCCGAGGAACGGACAUACGCAAGCUUCGGGCUGAUGCCGCCCAGAGACGCAUUGAGGUCACCCAGGGCUGUGCUUCUGGUACAGACCGAAGCACGGAGCUUGCGGAAGAGGCCUCGCAUGGGUUCAGAACGCAGGCCGAGGAAGACGAUGCCAACGAGCGGGCUAUCAUGGAGGCCUUUAUCGAACUGAUACAGGAGGAGGAACGAGAGAAAUAUGAGUCUUCAUAUGUUCCGCCAAGUCAAGAAAACCCAGCAGGGCCUCGAACAAAGUCAUCGCCGCCGCCUGCUAUUUCCAAAGACUCUCCUGCUGCUUCUAACCCCCAGUCGGAACUGCCACAGACUGCCUCAUCGUCUGAUAAUCAGAAGAUUGUUGAUCUCACAGCGGAUAACAGCUCAUAUGAUGCACCCUGGAUCUGCUCAACGUGUACUCUCGAGAACCCACCUACAUUCCUAUGCUGUGAUGUCUGCGCAGCAGAACGCCCCACUCCGGGCAAUAAGCUGUCCACAUCCACGUCCACGUCCAAUCCUGGCCGACGAUCUACCGCACCAGUACGUUCGGGCCCGCGAAUCCCGAAGAAACGGUCUUUACCGUUUGACCGAAAUGAAGACAGGCAUGCAAAGCCUCGGGACACAUUCGCUCUAAAGAAUCGAACCCGUGCACUUGAUUCCUUGAAAGCAUUGGACCGUGAUGCAGACAAAAAGCCCCUUGGAUGGCUCUGCACCUCAUGCAGUAGCUUCAUGGAAAGUCAGUGGUGGACAUGUUCUUGCUGUGGGACGAUGAAGCCGUCCUCAUAA